AAUGUGCUUUAGUCACUGUGGAAGAAUGAGGAUACACCGACGAAUUAACACGGGGGAGAAACCGUUUGAAUGCAUGGAGUGCGGAAAAAGCUUCACUCAAAGUGGUAAACUUAGAAUACAUCAACGAACUCACACGGGGGAGAAACCAUUUAAAUGUAUUGAAUGUGGAAAGAGCUUUGGUCAAAAUGGAGACCUUAGAAUACAUCAACAAACUCACACAGGGGAGAAACCAUUUAAAUGUAUUGAAUGUGGAAAGAGUUUCAGUCGUAGUGGAGACCUUAGAAGACAUCAACAAACUCACACAGGGGAGAAACCAUUUAAAUGUAUUGAAUGUGGAAAGAGUUUCAGUCGUAGUGGAGACCUUAGAAGACAUCAACAAACUCACACGGGAGAGAAACGGUUUAAAUGUAUUGAAUGUGGAAAGAGCUGCAGUCGUAGUGGUCACCUUAGAAUACACCAACGAACUCACACAGGGGAGAAACCAUUUAAAUGUCUUGAAUGUGGAAAGAGCUUCAGUCAAAGUGGGACACUUAGAAUACAUCAACAAAUUCACAUGGGGGAGAAACUAUUGAAAUGUAUUGAAUGUGGAAAGAGCUUCAGUCAAAGUGGAAAACUUAGAAUACAUCAACAAACUCACACGGGGCAUAAACCAUUUAAAUGUCUUGAAUGUGGAAAGAGCUUCAGUCAAAGUGGAAACCUUAGAACACAUCAACUAACUCACAUAGGGGAGAAACCAUUUAAAUGCAUUGAAUGUGGAAAAAGCUUCAGUCAAAGUGGAGCCCUUAGAAUACAUCACCGAACUCACACAGGGGAGAAACCAUUUAAAUGCAUGGAAUAUGGAAAGAGCUUCAGUCGUAGUGGAGACCUUAGAAUACAUCAACGAACUCACACAGGGGUGAAACCGUUUGAAUGUAUUGAAUGUGGAAAGAGCUUCAGUGAAAGUCGAAACCUUAGAAUACAUCAACAAACUCACACAGGGGUGAAACCAUUUGAAUGUAUUGAAUGUGGAAAGAGCUUCAGACAGAAUGCAGCCCUUAGAAGGCAUCAACGAACUCACACAGGAGAGAAACUAUUUGAAUGUAUGGAAUGUGGAAAGAGCUUCAGUCGUAGUGGAAACCUUAGAAGACAUCAACGAACUCACACGGGGGAGAAACCAUUUGAAUGUAUUGAAUGUGGAAAGAGCUUCAGACAGAAUGCAACCCUUAGAAGGCAUCAACGAACUCACACGGGGGAGAAACCCUUUAAAUGUAUUGAAUGUGGAAAGAGCUUCAGUCAAAGUGGAGACCUUAGACUACAUCAACGAACUCACACAGGAGAGAAACCAUUUGAAUGUAUUGAAUGUGGAAAGAGCUUCAGUGAAAGUAGAAACCUUAGAAUACAUCAACGAACUCACACAGGGGUGAAACCGUUUGAAUGUAUUGAAUGUGGAAAGAGCUUCAGUCAUAGUGGUGCCCUUAGAACACAUCAACGAACUCACACGGGGGAGAAACCAUUUAAUUGCAUUGAAUGUGGAAAGAACUUCAGUUGUAGUGGAGCCCUUAGAAGACAUCAACGAACUCACACGGGGGAGAAACCAUUUAAUUGCAUUGAAUGUGGAAAGAACUUCAGUCGUAGUGGAGACCUUAGAACACAUCAACGAACUCACACGGGGGAGAAACCAUUUAAUUGCAUUGAAUGUGGAAAGAACUUCAGUGACAGUGGACACCUAAGAACACAUCAACGAACUCACACAGCGGAGAAACCAUUUGAAUGUAUUGAAUGUGGAAAGAACUACAGUCGUAGUGAAACCCUUAGAACACAUCAACGAACUCACACAGGGGAGAAACCCUUUAAAUGUAUUGAAUGUGGAAAGAGCUUCAGUCAUAGUGGAGACCUUAGAGCACAUCAACGAACUCACACAGGGGAGAAACCCUUUAAAUGUAUUGAAUGUGGAAAGAGCUUCAGUCAUAGUGGAGACCUUAGAGCACAUCAACGAACUCACACAGGGGAGAAACCGUUUGAAUGUAUUGAAUGUGGAAAGAGCUUCAGUCGUAGUGGUGCCCUUAGAACACAUCAACGAACUCACACGGGGGAGAAACCAUUUAAUUGCAUUGAAUGUGGAAAGAACUUCAGUUGUAGUGGAGCCCUUAGAAGACAUCAACGAACUCACACGGGGGAGAAACCAUUUAAUUGCAUUGAAUGUGGAAAGAACUUCAGUCGUAGUGGAGACCUUAGAACACAUCAACGAACUCACACGGGGGAGAAACCAUUUAAUUGCAUUGAAUGUGGAAAGAACUUCAGUGACAGUGGACACCUAAGAACACAUCAACGAACUCACACGGGGGAGAAACCAUUUAAUUGCAUUGAAUGUGGAAAGAACUUCAGUGACAGUGGACACCUAAGAACACAUCAACGAACUCACACAGCGGAGAAACCAUUUGAAUGUAUUGAAUGUGGAAAGAACUACAGUCGUAGUGAAACCCUUAGAACACAUCAACGAACUCACACAGGGGAGAAACCCUUUAAAUGUAUUGAAUGUGGAAAGAGCUUCAGUCAUAGUGGAGACCUUAGAGCACAUCAACGAACUCACACAGGGGAGAAACCCUUUAAAUGUAUUGAAUGUGGAAAGAGCUUCAGUCAUAGUGGAGACCUUAGAGCACAUCAACGAACUCACACAGGGGAGAAACCGUUUGAAUGUAUUGAAUGUGGAAAGAGCUUCAGUCGUAGUGGAGACCUUAGAAUACAUCAACGAACUCACACGGGGGAGAAACCGUUUGAAUGUAUUGAAUGUGGAAAGAGCUUCAGUGAAAGUGGAAACCUUAGGAAACAUCAACGAACUCACACAGGGGAGAAACCCUUUAAAUGUAUUGAAUGUGGAAAGAGCUUCAGUCGUAGUGGAGCCCUUAGAACACAUCAGCGAACUCACACAGGGGAGAAACCAUUUGAAUGUAUGGAAUGUGGAAAGAGCUUCAGUUGUAGUGGAGCCCUUAGAAGACAUCAACGAACUCACACAGGAGAGAAACCAUUUGAAUGUAUGGAAUGUGGAAAGAGCUUCAGUCAUAGUGGAGCCCUUAGAAGACAUCAACGAACUCACACGGGGGAGAAACCAUUUAAUUGCAUUGAAUGUGGAAAGAACUUCAGUCGUAGUGGAGACCUUAGAACACAUCAACAAACUCACACGGGGGAGAAACCAUUUAAUUGCAUUGAAUGUGGAAAGAACUUCAGUUGUAGUGGAGCCCUUAGAAUACAUCAACGAACUCACACAGGGGUGAAACCGUUUGAAUGUAUUGAAUGUGGAAAGAGCUUCAGUGAAAGUCGAAACCUUAGAAUACAUCAACGAACUCACACAGGGGUGAAACCGUUUGAAUGCAUUGAAUGUAGAAAGAGCUUGGCUUCUAGUGGAGCCCUUAGAAGACAUCAACGAACUCACACGGGGGAGAAACCAUUUAAUUGCAUUGAAUGUGGAAAGAGCUUUAGUCAUAGUGGUGCCCUUAAAACACAUCAACAAACUCACACAGGGGAGAAACCAUUUGAAUGCAUUGAAUGUGGAAAGAGCUUCAGUCAAAGUGGAAACCUUAGAAUACAUCAACGAACUCACACAGGGGAGAAACCAUUUGAAUGCAUUGAAUGUGGAAAGACCUUGGGUUCUAGUGGAGCCCUUAGAGGACAUCAACGAACUCACACAGGGGAGAAACCAUUUGAAUGUAUUGAAUGUGGAAAGUACUUCAGUGAAAGUGGAAAACUUAGACUACAUCAACGAACUCACACAGGGGAGAAACCAUUUAAAUGUAUUGAAUGUGGAAAGAGCUUCAGUCGUAGUGGAGACCUUAGAACACAUCAACAAACUCACACGGGGGAGAAACCCUUUAAAUGUAUUGAAUGUGGAAAGAGCUUCAGUCGUAGUGGAGACCUUAGAACACAUCAACGAACUCACACGGGGGAGAAACCCUUUAAAUGUAUUGAAUGUGGAAAGAGCUUCAGUCAUAGUGGAGACCUUAGAACACAUCAACGAACUCACACGGGGGAGAAACCAUUUAAUUGCAUUGAAUGUGGAAAGAACUUCAGUUGUAGUGGAGCCCUUAGAACACAUCAGCGAACUCACACAGGGGAGAAACCAUUUGAAUGUAUUGAAUGUGGAAAGUACUUCAGUGAAAGUGGAAAACUUAGACUACAUCAACGAACUCACACAGGGGAGAAACCCUUUAAAUGUAUUGAAUGUGGAAAGAGCUUCAGUCAUAGUGGAGACCUUAGAACACAUCAGCGAACUCACACAGGGGAGAAACCAUUUGAAUGUAUUGAAUGUGGAAAGGGCUUCAGUCAAAGUGGAGACCUUAGAACACAUCAACGAACUCACACGGGGGAGAAACCAUUUAAAUGCAUUGAAUGUGGAAAGAGCUUCAGACAGAAUGCAGCCCUUAGAAGGCAUCAACGAACUCACACAGGAGAGAAACCAUUUGAAUGUAUGGAAUGUGGAAAGGGCUUCAGUCAAAGUGGAGACCUUAGAACACAUCAACGAACUCACACGGGGGAGAAACCAUUUAAAUGCAUUGAAUGUGGAAAGAGCUUCAGUCAAAGUGGAGACAUUAGAAUACAUCAACGAACUCACACGGGGGAGAAACCGUUUAAAUGCAUUGAAUGUGGAAAGAGCUUUAGUAAUAGUGGAGCCCUUAGAACACAUCAACGAACUCACACAGGGGAGAAACCCUUUAAAUGUAUUGAAUGUGGAAAGAGCUUCAGUCAAAAUAAAAACCUUAGAAUACAUCAACAAACUCAUACAGGGCAGAAACCAUUUAAAUGUAUGGAGUGUUGAAAGAGCUUCAGACAGUGUGGAGACCUUAAUAUUCAUGAGCGAAUUCACCCAGGUGAAAAGCCAUAUCAAUGUAUGCAAUGUUCCACUCAAGUUUCACUUUUUACCUCACAUCAAGAAACUCAUAAAGGCGGAAAUGAAUUUUAAAUGCAUGGAAUCUGUUUGAUGUUUUGGUGUUGGUAUUUAAAUUUGUAUACACAUAUAUAUGUAUUAAAGUAAUGAAGGUCACAUAUACUAAAUGUAGAAAAGAAGUUGGAAGUUGUUGCUAGAUAAACGGGGAGAGUGUGAAUCUGGAAUGCUCAAGGUGUGUGAUGAAUCUGUUGAGUUUUGACCUCCGCCCUUCAAUGCCAAAAUGAUGGGCUGCCCUUGUCUUGUGGAUCAGCAUCUGUCUGCUUUAGGGAAAU